CUCAGCCUAUUUAUGGCAAUAUACUUGUAAACACUGAUUCAACACCGAAGAUGGACAGAUGCUCUCUCAGAAAUGAAACAGGAAGUGAUUCAGUGAAGAAGAGAAACUCCAGAGCAGCUCUAGUGUGUUUGGUGUUGCUGUGUUUCCUUCUGCUGACUGCAGUCAUAAUGCUGAGUGUCUUCAACUAUACAAACAACACAAACUAUACUGAAGAGAGACGCCAGCUAAUAACCAACAUCGCCAACAUCACAGAAGACAAAGACAAGCUACUAACCAUCAUUACCAACAUCACAGAAGACAAAGACAAGCUUAUAACCAACAUCAUCAACCUCACAGAAGACAGAGAUGAGCUAGUCAACAAGAUUACUUGGUUUACAAAAGUGAGAGAUGAGCUAAAAAUAGAGAACACAAACCUUCUAAAGGAAAGAGACCAACUAAUAAAGCAACUUCAGUUUUUUGGUCAAGAAGCUUACUAUCAAUCCAGUCUUUACUACUUGUCCAGUGAGAAGAAGAGCUGGACUGAGAGUAGAAGAGACUGUAAAGACAGAGGAGCAGAUCUGAUCAUCAUAAACAACCAACGGGAACAAGAUUUUAUUAUGAAUAUCACUAGUAACAAUGAAUUCUGGAUUGGUGUGACUGACAGUGAUGAAGAGGGAAUAUGGAAAUGGGUUGAUGGCAGUAAUCUGACCUCUAGGUUCUGGGCUUCCUAUGGAUCAAUAACUGAGCCCAAUGGACAGACAAAAGAGAACUGUGUUGUGACUCAUUUAAAAAAGCACCCUUAUUUAAUAGGAUGGCUUGAUGUAACAUGUGCUGGAGCUCACCAAUGGAUCUGUGAGAAGAAUAUUUUACCAGUUACCGUUUAAGCAACAAAAAUUUUCAGUUUUUAAUUUUAAGUUUAAAAUUACAAUGCCAACCCAAACAAAGUAAUAUUCAAAAAAUGUUAUCCAAAUUCUUCAGGAUCGCUAAAGUAGGGGUUUUCAAACUUUAGAUGACACUGACCCCUAACAAUGAUCAACCUUGUGUGAGGUACACCAUUCUAAAAAGUAAACUUAGCCUAUAUGUAGCACUUUAUAGAUAUCUUUGGUUAGUCCUGAUAUUGAGAGGCUUGGCAUUUUCAUGCAUUGUAAAACCCAAAAAGUUAAGGUAACUCAAACCAUUUGAGGAAACGAUUGCAACAAACCAUUUAAGUUCAAAAACGAAUCCUAAUGAGUACUGUGAAAUUAAUCCAUUUGAGAAAAUGAAGCAACUUGAGCACAGUAAAACCCGAUAAAUGAAGAGAACUCAAACCAACUGAGUACUGUAAAACCCAAUAAGUUAAGGCAACUCAAACCGUUUGAGGAAACUGAUUGCAACAAACCAUUUGAGUUAAAAACUAAUCUAUACUAUUUAUAUUUAUACAAAUUAUUAGUAUAUUGCUUUAAUGUUGAUACAUUAUCAGAGUUAAAAAAUGAU